AUGCCUCCGCCGCCUCUCCCUUCCUCUCGCCCGUCCAACGGCCGCAUUCCUGCUCUCAGCCAGUUUCCAGCCCCCAACUCCGCCCAGCGUGCCCGUGGCCCAGCGCCCAAUCGCGGCCCUGCUGCCUCUUCCCGCCAGGUCGUCCUCACGCCGGGCCACUCUCCGCUAGAUUGGGCGAGGAUAUCCGGGCCCAAUGCCGACUUGCGCGGCGUGGCUCCCUCGACCCCCUACCUACGUGUGACGCCUUCGAUGCUCAAGACGCAGACUGGCCGCAAGGGCAAGGACGCUUGGAUGGCUAUCAAUGGGAAGGUGUACAAUGUUACGCCGUAUGCGAGAUUCCACCCUGGAGGUGUACCGGAGCUUAUGAGGGGCGCGGGGCGAGAUGGCACAAAGCUGUUUGGAGAGAUUCACCCAUGGGUUAACUAUGAGACUAUGCUGGCAGCGUGUCUUGUGGGGUUGCUGGUCGAAGAGUCGGAUAGCAAGGAGAAUGAUAUGGAUCAAAUGGAUUAG